AACGUGGAAAUCAGGGCAGGUCCGGCAGAAAACAUCAAUACUAUAACAAGUACAGAUUAUAAGAAAAUGUCUAGCACCUUCUCCAGUGUCAUCUGCAGCACCAGCUCGUCCAGUGCCAUCGAUGAUGGCAGCACAUCCAGCAGUAUGUCCAGUACCACGGAUGAAAACAGCACACCCUGUACCACUGAUGUUAGCAGCACAUCCAGUAUCACUGAUGAUAGCAUCACACCCAGUACCACCAAUGAAAGCAGCACAUCCAGUAUCACUGAUGAUAGCAUCACACCCAGUACCACCGAUGAAAGCAGCACAUCCAGUAUCACAGAUGAUAGCAUCACACCCAGUACCACCGAUGAUAGCAUCACACCCAGUACCACUGAUGAUAGCAGCACAUCCAGUACCACUGAUGAUAACAUCACACCCAGUACCACCAAUGAAAGCAGCACAUCCAGUAUCACUGAUGAUAGCAUCACACCCAGUACUACCGAUGAUAGCAUCACACCCAGUACCACUGAUGAAAGCAGCACAUCCAGUAUCACUGAUGAUAGCAUCACACCCAGUACCACCGAUGAUAGCAUCACACCCAGUACCACUGAUGAUAGCAGCACAUCCAGUACCACUGAUGAUAACAUCACACCCAGUACCACCGAUGAAAGCAGCACAUCCAGUAUCACUGAUGAUAGCAUCACACCCAGUACCACCGAUGAUAGCAUCACACCCAGUACCACUGAUGAUAGCAGCACAUCCAGUACCACUGAUGAUAGCAGUACACCCAGCAGCAAACCCAGUACCACUGAUGAUAGCAGCACACCCAGCAGCACACCCAGAACCACCCUUGAUAGCAGUACACCCUGCAGCAAAUCCAGUACCACCGAUGAUAGCAGUACAUUCAGCAGCACACCCAGUACCAAUGAUGAUAGCAGUUCACUCAGCAGCAAACCCAGUACCACUGAUGACAGCAGUACAUUCAGCAGCACACCCAGUACCACUGAUGAUAGCAGUACAUUCAGCAGCACACCUAGUACCAAUGACGAUAGCAGUACAUCCAGCAGCACACCCAGUACCACUGAUGAUAGCAGUACACCCAGUACCACCGAUGAUACCAACACAUUCAGCAGCAUACCCAUUACCACUGAUGAUAGCAGUACAUCCAGCAGCACACCAAGUACCACCGAUGAUAGCAGUACAUUCAGCAGCACACCCAGUACCACUGAUGAUACCAACACAUUCAGCAGCAUACCCAUUACCACUGAUGAUAGCAGUACAUCCAGCAGCACACCAAGUACCACCGAUGAUAGCAGUACAUUAAGCAGCACACACAGUAACACCCCUGAUAGCAGUAUACCCAGCAGCACACCCAGCACCACCAAUGAUACCAACACAUUCAGCAGCACACCCAGUACCACUGAUGAUAGCAGUACACCCAGCAAC